UAAAGUGUCAUCAAAGUGAAAUGCGAGGUAUCAAGCUAACUGCAAGCCGGAUCAUUUUAAGAAUCUUUUCGAUUUCAUCGUCUGAAAAUUCGAUUUGUGUUAAUUAUUAUCCGUGCUAAUUGCUAACGUCCUGUCGGACGACAUCGUACAGAAAUGGGGUCGUAUCUAUCCCAACCGAUAACAGAAAAAUUAUCGGCCGAUGGUCAAAAUGAAUACAUUACAUUUGGAUCUUCGUCAAUGCAAGGCUGGCGUGUCUCUCAAGAGGACGCACAUAAUUGCUGUGCAGAUUUCGGAAAAAAUGCAUCGUUCUUUGCUGUUUACGAUGGACACGGUGGUGCGGAGGUUGCACUGUAUUGUGCUCAGAAACUGCCAGAAUUUUUGAAGUCUGUGGAAGCCUACGGUAAGGGUGAUUUCGAAAAGGCGUUAAAGGAUGCGUUCAUCGGCUUCGACUCAACGCUAGUUGAUGCAGCAGUCGUCGAAGAAUUGAAGAAGCUUGCAUCGGAUAUCAACGACGGAAGUGAAACUGAAGACGAUGCAGACGAUGAGGAAAACUUGGAAGAAUUGUGGGAAGAGCGUGACAUGGACAUAAAUAAAGUGUUGGAGAAAUAUGAGAAAGGAAAAACACAUCCAGCAAUUGAGCGAGCGUCGGGUGCAAAGCCUUCGCCAUUUCUAAAGGGCCGACGUAAUUGUGUGAGUGAUGAUAAUUCAGCUGGAACAUCUGGUCCGUCGUCCAGCAAUUGUACGCGAAAGAAGCUCGACGAUAAUGAAGACGCUGUCAGCAGUACAUCCAAACAAAAGUCGGAAGAGAUCGCCGAAGCAGCCAGUUCUUCAGGUUCGGGCUCAUCCAAAGUGGAAGGAACUAGCGAUCCUUCUAGUACAAAUGAAACGGCAAAACCGGUAGAUAAAAACUGCAGUCCAGUCAGUUCGUCGACAAGCAAAAAUUCCGCUGACGUUCAGAUAACAAAUGGUGAUGGAUCCACAGCAAAGACUUCAGAACCUUCUCAAGAAAAUGAAAUCUCAACCAACAGUGCUAAAGCGGAAAAAGUAUCGUCUUCAUCGCAGUCAGGCUCACAGAGCAACGGAGAAAUUUCAAGCAAUUCAGUCGAGAAACCGGCUAGCAACAGCAACAUUUCUAGCACAAAAGAUUUUGAUUCCGCCGAAUCCAGCACAGAUGAUGAUGAUGAAUACAAUGAGGAUAAAAGCUCCGAUGGAAAUGACGACGACGAUGAGGAAGAUGAGGACGAAGAAGAAGAUGAUGAUGAUGAAAAUGUGGACGAAGAAGAUGACGGCGAAGGUGACAUGUAUUCAUACGAAGACGAAGAUGAAGGCUUUCUGAACAGUAUGGUCGAAGGACCUGGCCAGUCGAGCGGAUGCACAGCCGUUGUAGCAUUGUUAGUCGGCCGUGAACUGUUUGUGGCGAAUGCCGGCGACUCACGAUGCGUAUUGUGUCGUAACGGCAAAACGGUUGAGAUGAGCUUCGACCAUAAGCCUGAAGAUGCGGAAGAAUCGACGCGAAUAAUGAAAGCCGGUGGUCGAGUGACGAUGGAUGGACGUGUGAAUGGUGGAUUGAAUUUAUCAAGAGCUAUCGGUGAUCAUGCAUACAAAAUGAAUAAAGAUCUCAAGCCGGAAGAACAAAUGAUUUCCGCUAUGCCGGACGUUAAGCAAAUCACAUUGGAGGAGGAAGACGAAUUUAUGGUGUUGGCGUGCGACGGUAUAUGGAAUUUCAUGACUAGCGAGGAGGUGGUGGAAUUUGUACGGAAGCGAAUCGCCGAAAAGAAAGAUAAAUUGUCCGGCAUAUGUGAGGAGUUGUUCACCAAUUGCUUGGCCCCGAAUACUGCUGGCGAUGGUACUGGUUGUGAUAACAUGACGGCUGUUAUCGUUCAGUUCAAGCAAAUUGUACAACAAACCGACGACCAAGCACCAAACAAUAGAAAGCGAGCUGCGUCACCCGUAUCGGCUGUAUCAUCUGAUAAUGAGCUUCAUAAACGUAUGAAAACUAGCGAUGAAGACAAUGAUGCAGUUGCUGUUAUUGAACCGACUACAUCGUAAGCGGACACGGAUGUAUUGUUGUCAACAAAUUCUUUUUUUAUUGUGUGGCAGCGUCCAACACAUUGAACACUCAGUUAAUUUGUUUCAUUUCAAUUUUUCAAUUUUUUAUUUUACUGAAAGUGAAAAGUCAAUUUUUUCAUCUAAAGAAAAGAAGAAGAAAAUAAUCAACAGCCGAAAUUUGCACCACUUUUUCUUUGUCAACUAUCUUACAAUAACAUAACGGAUUAUUUAAAAUUUAUUUUGAAUUUUUAUUUGAAGAAAACAAAAGGCAACUCGGAAUGUAAUUUCGUUCCUGUAAACAUCAUCAUCUCACAUUUGCAAUUACGAAACAUUUUUGGUUUUGCUCUUAAAUUUUUUCUUUUUUUUUUUUAAUCUGAUGAAUAUAGCUUGAUGUAAUACAUUA